AUGUUGUUCCGUGGCUGCGCUGGCUAUCAAGCGCUGAAUGACUAUUUUCCAUUUGCCAACCAGUGGUAUAUUUUCAUUGUCGAUCAGGUGGCAGGCUGCCUCACAUUUGCUUUCCAAGCGCUGACGAUCUACAAGUAUCGUAAGCAAAACGACGGCCAAAGUUCCAAAGGCGAAAGGGUGCUGCUAAUUACGCUUUUUUUCGCAACGUUUGAAGACCUUUUCGCAAAUGAUAUAUCUCUAAUUGUGACGAUAUUUCUGCUACCGACCACUAGAGCGAAUAUGCUCUACAUCAUCAUGGCGCUAUUAUCGUUUUCUAGGCAGAUAAUGGCCAAUCUGGGCGUAGGG